CUAAAAAUCAAUGAGUGGUUUGUGUUUCAUUUAUUUUCCUCUCUCCUCCCUCUCCUUAACCCCCAAAUUGUCUUCGCCAGAAGGGGAAUUUCAGUUCAAUUUGGGGAAAUCUUUUGCUUCAACAUUAAUAUUUCAAUGGCGUCUGAUAGCUUCACCGACAAGAACGCUGUUUUCAGAAGGUUGAAGGCCAAGUCGGAGAACAAGAUCUGUUUUGAUUGUAAUGCGAAGAACCCUACGUGGGCGUCGGUUACGUUUGGGAUUUUCCUUUGCAUUGAUUGCUCCGCUGUUCAUCGGAGCCUUGGCGUUCAUAUAAGCUUCGUCAGGUCAACAAAUUUGGACUCAUGGUCAACGGAGCAGCUGAAAAUGAUGAGCUACGGCGGAAACAACCGUGCUCAGGUGUUCUUCAAGCAGCACGGCUGGAACGACGGCGGCAAAAUUGAAGCCAAAUACACCUCCAGAGCUGCAGAUUUGUAUAAACAAACCCUUUCCAAAGAAGUCGCUAAAACCAUGGCUGAAGAUCCCCCUCGCCCCUCUUCCCCUGUUUCUUCUCACUCCAACGGCAAUGCCAUCCCAUUAAUGAAAACCACCAAACAAGAAGCUCCUGAAGUCUCUUCUCCAAAAGCCUCUCAUUCUGUUGUUGUUAAAAAACCCAUCGGUGCUAAAAGGACAGGCAAGAUCGGUGGACUUGGUGCUCGGAAGCUUACGACAAAGACGACUGAGAAUCUGUAUGAUCAGAAACCGGAAGACCCCCCGACGCCGGUUUCGUCGUCGAUAACAACGAACGGUGCGAUGGCCUCAUCGUUGGCUUCUCGGUUCGAGUAUGUUGAGAAUGCACAAUCUUCUGAUGUGAGCUCUAAUGGAUCCCCCGUGAUUGGUCAUAUUGCUCCACCGAAAUCCUCUAGCUUCUUUGCUGAAUUUGGAAUGGAUAAUAAUCACAAUGGUGGUGUGUAUUCGAAGAAAUCAAGCUCAAAUUCCACUAAAAUCCAGGUGGAAGAAACUGAAGAAGCUCGAAAGAAAUUCUCGAAUGCGAAAUCGAUUUCGUCUGCUCAAUUCUUCGGGGAUCAGAACAAAUCUGCUGAGUCGGAGGCCAAGGCUUCAUUGCAGAAGUUUACAAGCUCGUCGGCAAUCUCGAGUGCUGAUCUGUUUGGACAAGGGAUGGAUGAUUCAACUCUGGAUCUUGCGGCGCACGAAUUCAUCAGCCGGAUUUCUUUACAGGCUUCUCAAGAUAUAUCAUCGUUGAAGAACAUUGCGGGGGAGACAGGGAGGAAGCUGAGCUCAUUGGCAUCAACGUUGAUUACUGAUAUUCAAGAUAGAAUUCUUUGAUUGCUAACUCCAUGAACAUAAGCCCCACUCUGCAAAUUAUUAUUCUAUACUCAGAUGAACUUGGUUUCUUUUUGAAAAUUAAAUAUUGAUAUAUUUUCCUACUUAGUGUUUUUUUCUACAAUUUUUUUUAAUAUUGUUUGAGUUCAUCAGGGUCUUCGUUGAGGGCAUGCCUAAACCAGUGGAAGCUAUGUUUAGUUGGCUUCGUUACUUAGUGAUUGUAAAGAAUUGUGCAUUACAAAUUUAUUAUUGUUAUUAUCUUUUGAAACACAAAUAAACUUUUAUUGUCUUA